AUGUUUUCCAGAGAAGAAUUUGAUGCUAUCACUCUACCUAUGGGUACUCAAUUGGAGAGCGAGGAUGAAGAAGAAGAUGAAGACGAGAUCGAGGAGGGUAAAUCGAAAGAAGGAAGUGUAAAUGAAUAUAUUGAAGAGGUUGUAGAGGAGGGAGAAGACGAAGACGGAGACGAGAGGAGGGAAGAAGGAGGCGAACAAAUUGCAGAAGAGGAAGGAAAAGAGGUCUAUGGGGAUGCCAAGGAUGUUGAGGUUCACGGCAGCCAAUCGCACUUGCCCUUCAACGGACGAGCAUGCACUCCUCGUUGGGGUUCUAUCGACAAGGCAUUUAAUGGUCUUCAACUUGAUGUCUCGUUCAGCGAAAAAGAGGGUAAUCUCACACCUCCUCUUGAGGUGGACGAAAUCAGCCAACUUGAUGACGAAUACGAGGAUGAAACGAACCUUCAAGAAAGUUGUAGUAGCAGAAUAAGUACAGAAGGGGCUGAGGACUCGCUUAAGCUGAACGAAGAGAAGGAAGAAGAAGACAAGCCGAAAAAGAUAAUCAAACUGAGUGAAAUCCGCAGCUAUUGGCAGAGGCAGGAAGAUUUAAGCUUUUCAAGUGCAGCUGAACGAGUUACAUCUUCGUCCAGGCCAAGUCUGCUGUCAACGACUGUCCUUGAUCCAUCGGGGCGGCUCCAGGCAAACCGGUUGUAUCACAGUCUGGAAGAUUCUCAUGACCAGCCUGACGAGUCUCACAACAAGAGGGGACAAGCCGAAGUAACCAUGAGCCCAGUGGCAAAAAAAGAGUUUGAAGAAGAAAGAGGGGCGCUGAUCCAACAGAGACUUCGAUGGGGAAGGGAGCACAAACCAUUCCACCAUCAACGGGGAUCCCUAAGACUUAGCGACCUCCCUAACCAAAUCCGAAAAGCCAGUCUACCCUUGACCCUGUCCGGUCUAGACGAAUCUCAGGUAAUAUUAAAAGCCCAAACUCCGCGUUUAAUUGUGGACCGUUCAGUCGAGUACGAAGCCUUAGAAGUUGAUGGGAAAAAAGUCGUCGAGUUGGGGAACGCAGAAAGUGGAGAAGAGGCUGGUGAGCAGGUAGAGGAAGAGAACUGGCAAUUCUUAGACACCCUUCCUGAUUGCAAAAUUGGCUUUUCAUCCAUCGAAUUAUCAGAUCUACGAGCUUCUUGUCCCUCAUUGUCUCCGCAAAUGGCGCGAACUCAGAGAGCUGAGCUAACUCAGCCCUCAGGAGGGGAGGUCAUCGCCGAAAUGUAA